AUGAGUGACAUCUACGAGUCGGCGGCCAACUCCCUGGGUCUGUUCAGCAGCCCGUGUCUGACCAAAGUGGAGCUGAGGCUCACCUGUAAAGGGAUCUCAGACCGGGACGCCCUGAACAAACCCGACCCCUGCUUCGUCCUCAAGAUGAAGUCCCACGGGCAGUGGAUGGAGGUGGACCGGACGGAGGUGAUCCGCAGCUGUGUAAACCCCACCUACUCCAAGGUCUUCACGUUGGACUUUUAUUUUGAAGAGGUGCAGCGUCUGCGCCUGGAGCUGUACGACAUCAACAGCAGCCACAACGGCCUGAAGGAGGCCGACUUCCUUGGCUCAGUGGAGUGCACGCUGGGACAGAUCAUCUCUCAGAGGAAACUGUGCAAAGCUCUGCUCAGACCAGGAGGCACCGUGGGGAAAGCCAUCAUCACGAUCACAGCAGAGGAGCUGACGGGGAACGACGACUACAUCGAGCUGUCGUUCAGCGCCAGGAAGCUGGACGACAAGGACUUCUUCAGUAAAUCAGACCCGUUUCUGGAGAUCUACAGGCUGAAUGACGACGCCACCAUGCAGCUCGUCUACAGAACGGAGACGGUGAUGAACAAUCUGAACCCGGUGUGGAACACCUUCAAGGUUUCUCUCAACUCGCUCUGCAGCGGAGACCACGAACGCAAGCUGCAGUGCACCGUGUGGGACUGGGACUCUAACGGGAAGCACGACUACAUCGGAGAGUUCGAGGCCUCGUUCAAAGAGAUGAGAGGAGCCAUCGAUGGACGGCAGGUGCAGUGGCCAUGCAUGAAUCCCAAAUACACAGUCAAAAAGAAGAAUUACAAGAACUCUGGGAUCGUCAUUCUGAACCAGUGCAAGAUCAUCAAGAUGCACUCCUUCCUGGAUUACAUCAUGGGAGGCUGUCAGAUCCAGUUUACAGUAGCCAUCGACUUCACGGCGUCCAACGGGGAUCCUCGAAACAGCUGCUCUCUGCACUACAUCCACCCGUACCAGCCCAACGAGUACCUGAAGGCCCUGGUGGCUGUGGGGGAGAUCUGCCAGGACUACGACAGUGACAAAAUGUUCCCGGCGUUCGGCUUCGGAGCUCAGAUCCCUCCUGACUACAAGGUCUCCCACGACUUUGCAGUGAAUUUUAACGAGGAGAACCCGGAGUGUGCAGGUAUCCAGGGCGUGGUGGAGGCCUACCAGGCCUGCCUCCCCAAGCUGCAGCUCUACGGCCCCACCAACAUCGCCCCCAUCAUCCAGAAGGUCGCCAACUCCGCCUCGCAGGAGGUCCACACCAAAGAGGCCAUGCAAUACUUCAUCCUGCUGAUCCUGACGGACGGCGUCAUCACUGACAUGGCCGACACGAGGGAGGCCAUCGUCCAGGCGUCCCACCUCCCCAUGUCCGUCAUCAUCGUCGGGAUCGGGAACGCCGACUUCAGUGACAUGCAGAUGCUGGACGGAGACGACGGGAUCCUGCGAUCGCCCAAAGGAGAGCCCGUCCUCCGGGACAUCGUCCAGUUCGUCCCCUUCCGCAACUUCAAACAUGCGUCUCCAGCUGCUCUGGCUAAGAGUGUGUUAGCAGAGGUCCCCAACCAGGUGGUCGACUACUACAACAGCAAGGGCAUCAAGCCCAAAGUGCCCAGCGAGUACCAGUCUUCCAGGCAGUUCGGCCCCUGA